UUACAUUUCUUCUACCCGUUUUCCCAAAACCGCCAACGCUUUGCUGGCAGCGUCGCGAAGUGAUGACGCAGCCACCGUAGCUCCUUCUGUCGCACGCCGAUGAGGUCACAAUAGCGUCGCCAUUUUCGGGAGCUCUUUGUGCGCCUCCGUCUGCUAAGACUCGCCUGCUUUUUUGGCACGUUUUUCGUCGACUUUUAGCGCACAUCUGUUGACAAAACAUGCAGGGAUACAGAGGCCCCCAGCAGAACCACGGACCCAACCGUCCGGGGAACCACGGCAAGGGCGAGGGGCCCGACAGCAACGGCCAGCAGCCGGAGCCCAGCGAGCAGACCAACCCCAACGCGGCCUUGACGCUGGACCCGCAGAGCUUCAGGAAGCCCGGCGAGAAAACCUUCACGCAGCGGAGCAGGCUGUUCGUGGGCAACCUGCCCACGGGCGUCACGGAGGACGACCUGGUCAAGCUCUUCUCCAAGUACGGCAACGCCAGCGAGGUGUUCGUCAACAAGGACCGGGGCUUCGGCUUCAUCCGCCUGGAGACCAGGAUCAUCGCGGAGAUCGCGCGGGCGGAGCUGGACGACCUGCCGUUCAAAGGCAGACCCAUCCGCGUGAGGUUCGCCACGCACGGCGCCGCUCUGUCCGUGAAGAACCUCCCGGAGUUCGUGUCCAACGAGCUCCUGGAGGAGGCCUUCUCCGUCUUCGGCCAGAUCGAGAGGGCCCUGGUGAUCGUGGACGACCGGGGGAGGCCCACGGGGAAAGGCAUCGUGGAGUUCACCGCCAAGCCGGCGGCGCGCAAAGCCCUGGACAAGUGCAACGACAGCGCCUACCUCCUCACCGCCUUCCCGCGGCCCAUCACCGUGGAGCCCAUGGAGCAGUUCGACGAGGACGAGGGCCUCCCGGAGAAGCUGAUCAACCGCAACCAGCAGUACCACAAGGAGCGGGAGCAGCCGCCGCGCUUCGCCCAGCCGGGCUCCUUCGAGUUCGAGUACGCCAUGCGCUGGAAGGCCCUGAUGGAGAUGGAGAAGCAGCAGUACGACAUGGUGGAGCGCAACAUGAAGGAGGCGCAGGAGAAGCUGGAGGCCGAGAUGGAGGCGGCGCGACACGAGCACCAGGUGAUGCUGAUGCGGCAGGACCUGCUGCGCCGGCAGGAGGAGCUGCGGAGGAUGGAGGAGCUGCACAACCAGGAGGUGCAGAAGAGGAAGCAGGCCGAGCUGCGGCAGGAGGAGGAGCGCCGGCGGAGGGAGGAGGAGAUGAGGCUGCGCAACGAGGAGCUGAUGAAGAGGCAGCAGGAGGGCUUCAGGGGCGGCUUCUCGGAGACCAGGGAGCAGGAGAUGAGGAUGCACAUGGGGGGCCACGGCAUGCCCAUGAACAGAAACUCCCUGGGCGGAGGCUCGGGGGCCGCCGCGGCCGCUGCCCUGGCGGCUGAGAGCGCCCCCAUGAUGGCGCCCUCCUCCGGCAGCCUGCCCGGAGGAGGCCAGGGCGGCUUCCCCAGAGGGCUGCCCAGCUCCGGAGACUAUAGCAAGCAGCGCAGAUUUUGAAUCACAUUUCUGUUCUCUCCUCUUUUUCCAGCUCACUGUACGCUAAAAAGUAGUGGAUGUUCCCCCAAGGACUUUUAAAACCCUUAUUUUGUUACUUUUUUUUCUUUUCUUUUUUUUUUUUUUUGGUAUGUUUGAGUUGUUUCUGUACUAAUACUAAUCUCCAAAUGAGCCAUGCGUUUUACAUUGUUUCUAAAAAAAUUUGUUAGGGGUAGAUAUUGUUUUCUGUUCAGAAUGUUUUACGCUUUCUGUACUAAAGGCCUGAUUCCCGAUAAAUAAGGUGUUUUUAUUCAGGAUGGAGCGGUUUCACAGCGCGGUUCACCCACCAGCCUGCCGGCACCUUUCUACAGGCCAAGGCUGGAGAGUGAGGUUUUGAUCCAUUCUGGGGUUGUUGUUGUUUUUUUUUGUUUGUUUUUGUUUUUUUUCCCUUUUGUAAUGACAAUAUCACACAGGAGAAAUGGGAUGUGCCGUACAUUAUAAUGAUGCCGUGUGGUUUUGAAUCUGACAGGAAGUGAAUAUGGAUAAGCGCAUCGUCCUCAUUUCUGCAUUAAAGCAAAUGUCCCUGUAGUUUAUUUCAUUUGUUAUUAAAUGCAAAAAUGUGUAUAAAA